ACGUCAGGCUGUGACGUAUGAGCAGCUGACGCCUGUGACUUGCUAAAUGGAGACAGGACAUGAGACAUGCGACAGGAGCUGCAGCUGCUGGAGGAAAACAAACCUCUUUAUCGGAGGAUUCGAGCUCAAAUAAGAACAGAAACAUCGACCAGCAGGACCACAUCGACCACAGCUGGCUGGAUACCAACAUUACCAACAGAAGACCACAUUUAACCUCCUAAAUGCAGCACACGGUAGGAUGAUCAGCAACCAAGAAGAAGAUGAGUUUGUUGCAGUGCGGGUCCAAGAUCCCCGCAUGCAGAAUGAAGGCUACUGGAAUUCAUAUGUGGAUUAUAAAAUAUUCCUACAUACCAACAGUAAAGCCUUCACAGCCAAGACGUCCUGCGUGCGUCGGCGCUACAGCGAGUUCGCCUGGCUCAAGAAGAAGCUUCAGAAGAACUCCGGUUUGGUGCCGGUCCCAGACCUUCCAGGAAAGUCCUUCUUCUCCUUCAGCAACGAGGACUUCCUGGAGAGGAGAAGGAAAGGACUUCAGGUCUUCUUGGACAACGUGGUGAACAUGACAGUAUGUCUGUCAGACAGCCAGCUCCACCUCUUCCUGCAGACGCAGCUGCCAGUCGGUCACAUCCAGGACUGCGUGCAGGGCCACACGCCUUACUCCGUGACGGACGCCAUCCUCACCUACGCCUCGUCCAAUCGGGGCUUCGCUCAGGCUCAAGAGGACGAUCCCAUCAAGGAGCCGAGUCUGACUGUUUCUUAUGAGUCCAUGGAGAGCCCGGCUCCUCAUCAACCUUUCCUACAACCUAAAGAGAUCUUCAACCCCGAGCUUUUGACAGGCUGUGACUCUGAUCCUCUAGAAGAGCUCUGUGAUAAAGACACAGUUGAGUUUCAGCACAAGGAGAAGUCCUCAGUGAAGGUCCUCCAGAAAGACAACCACCUAGAGGCCGUCGUUGAGGACUGUGGCCCGACAGGGGCGACCUUUUUUCUGGGUGACGGCCAGGACAUCCCUGAGAGUCUCAGCCUUGGAGAACAGACCCAGCAGAGGAGCUGUCAGAUACAGACACCGGUGGAGGUGCACUCGCCCAUGGGGACCGGCUUUGAGGAGAACAGGGUGGACAGCCUGUUUGAGGAGGAGUGUUCAGUAAGAGAGGAGAGCGUCAAGACAUUAGAUACAGAGGAGGAGACUGCUCCUCAGGCUGAUCAGCUGGAAAGUUCUGGGGAGGCAGAGCUGGAAAAAUGUGAGGAUUCUGCAGUAGUUUUAGAUUUUAAGGACAGUGACCUUAAGGAACAGGGAACAGAAAGCGACGCCGGAUCUCAGGAGGACGUUCUGGAAGUCGUCUGCUCUGAGGAGCAGGUUUUAGAAAAUCAUGUAAUCUCUGAAGUUAAUGCUCUCGAACACGUUGAUAUCACUGAGGUUCACAUGGAAGACGUCAGCUGUCCCGAGGAGUUUGAGGUCACAGAAGGACAAAAAGAGGCAGAGGCAGAGAUGGAAAAAGUCGACUUUGAGCCAGAAAUAUGUGUGAAUUCUGCAGCAAUUUUAGAUUUUAAGGACGGUGACUUUAAGGAACAGGGAACAGAAAGUGACGUCGGAUCUCAGGAGGACGUCCUGGAAGUCGUCUGCUCUGGGGAGCAGGUUUUAGAAAAUCAUAUACUCUCUGAAGUUAAUGCUCUCGGACACGUUGAUAGCACUGAGGUUCACGUUGAAGACGUCAGCUGUUCGGAGGAGUUUCACGGACAAAUAGAGCCAGAAAAAAGUGAUGAAUCUGAGGUCAAAGACGAGACGACACUUCAGUCAGAAAUCCAUGAAGAGACUCACAACGUGCUCAGUGUCCCAGAGGUGGAAAGCAGAGGCGGCGACGAUGACAUUGCUCGACAAAUGGACCAAGUCGAACAGGAAGUGGAUCUGGUUGGGACCAUAGAUGAUAGUGACGAGGACAGUCACUCAUCUUCCAACGAGAGCAUCGUCAAGGUCAGCGAUGAAGAAAGCAAGACCGAGACCGAGGACUCGAUCCCAGCAGCAAACGGCUAUAUAAAGACGUCUCCCGAGGAGGUCGCUCUCUGGCCACAAGUAGAGGCCUCCACUAUAAACAUUUCAGACUUACACAUGAACGCAUGUCCUGUGGAGAAAGAGGACAUUUCCGCCCUGGAGGACGAAGACCUGCACUACAUAACAGACAUCAGUAAAUCUCUGGAUUUGAACUCAACUGAAAAUAGUGACUUCAGCAUCAUAGAGAGCAGCUGCACGCCUGGGUUAGCGGAUAGUAAAUGUACGGAGCAGGAAACCUUGUCCUCGCUGUCUUUGGACGCCUCAGAGGAAACUCAUGAGGUGGAAGUGCAUUAGUUAGACGGCUUAAUGACACCACACCACUGCACCUUCACAGAGCCAGAGAAAUGGAUCAUGGGAGUCUGCCAAAGACACAUUCGAUCACACUUACAUAAAAAAAUCUGCUCAUUAUACACAGUCUUCAUAAUGUAGAUGAUCCGGUCUGUCACACAUGUUGUAGGUCUUUUUAAAAAAACAUUAAUUUUAAAAUGUCAUCUUCAUUUACACUCAGGUAAACUAAAUAUUGGCACUGUUUUUCUCCUCUGCUGUGGAUGAUGAUUGGCUUUUCUGUGAACAGCAGAGGGUGCUCAAGUUCACAAAAGCAUAUUUUUAAUCCAUAUAAUGAAGAUCUAAUGGUUUUAUUCUUGUGAAGCUGUUGAUUUUAACUUUAAUGUGAUUUCCCCUGAAAUCUAGUCAUGGUAUUUUUUUGGGGAACUUGUACAAAUUAUGUCAGAAAUAGACACUUGAAUUAAAGGAUAUGUUCUCAUUUUUGUUUACAAGUCUA